GGGGUGGCCAGAGCACAGCAGAGCCCAGCCAUGGAGAGCAGCGAUGGCACCGAGGAGCCCCCGCUGCCUCUGGCCCUGAGCAGGUUUCAGGUCUCCGAGGAGUUUGGCUUCCUGCUUCCCGACCCUCUGACAGAGCUGCCCGCACCCUACAGCCCCUGGAUGGAGCUCGCCCGGGAGCUGCCCCAGCUGAUCACGGGCCACCAGCUCCGCUCACGCGUUCACCAGAUGCCGCAGCUGAGCACCCAGCACCUGCAGGGACGUGAGGAGCUGCACCUGGCACACCUGGUGCUCAGCUUCAUCACCAUGGGCUACGUCUGGCAGGAGGGCGAGGAGGGCACCGUGCAGGUCCUGCCCCGAAAUCUCGCUGUCCCCUACUGGGAGGUGUCCCAGGCCCUGGGCCUCCCGCCCAUCCUCAGCCAUGCAGACUUUGUGUUGGCCAACUGGAGGAGGAAGGACCCCAAUGGGCCUCUGGAAAUUGAGAACCUGGACACCAUCAUCACUCUGCCUGGGGGAGAGAGCCUGCGGGGCUUCAUCCUGGUCACCCUGCUUGUUGAGAAGGCAGCAGUGCCUGGCAUUAAGGCAAUCGUGCAGGCCCUUGGUGCCACCCAGCAGAGGGAUGAGGAGUCCCUGCACAGAGCCCUGCAGGAGCUGGCAGGGGCCAUCGGGGCCAUGAGCCAGGCACUGAGGAGGAUGCACGACUAUGUGGAUCCAGAAGUGUUCUACUCGGUGAUCCGGAUCUUCCUCUCUGGUUGGAAGGACAACCCUGCCAUGCCCCACGGGCUCAUCUACGAGGGGGUGUCCCCGGAGCCCCUGGCGUUCUCGGGGGGCAGCGCAGCGCAGAGCUCGGUCCUGCACGCCUUCGAUGAGCUCCUGGGGAUCUGCCACCGCCACGACACUGCUGCCUUCCUGCACAGGAUGAGGGACUACAUGCCCCCGGCGCACAGAGCCUUCGUGCAGGAGCUGCGGGCCGCGGUGUCCGUGCGGCAGUGCGUGCUGGCCGCGGGCGACGCGCGGCUCCGCGCCGCCUUCAACCGCUGCGUGUGCGCGCUCACGGACUUCAGGUCCCAGCACAUCGCCAUCGUCACCAAGUACAUCGCCAUCGCGGCCACCAAAGCCAGGGCCAGGCGGGCAGAGCCCAGUGCCGGCGCUGGCCCCUCUGCGGGGAAGCCCCCGGCUGCCCUGGAGGCCAAAGGCACCGGCGGGUCCCAAAUCUUCAGCUUCCUGAAGAGCAUCAGGGACAGCACCAGGGAGGGGCUGAUCAGUGCCUGACCUACCCCGAGAGCUGCCCGAAGUGGGCGCAGGAGCUCGAGGGGCUUGGGUGUCUGUGUGCGAGGCACAAGCCAAGAUCCAGAACCUGCCAGCACCAGCAGCAGCAGC